AUCUGAUCGAAGGAAUGCCUUAAAUCAUAUCUGUCUGAUCAACGACCUUCCCGCACCCUAGACCAUUACCACACAGCCUAUCAAGCUACAGCGCUUUCCAGAGAGCUAAACAUAUAUAUACCGUUGGGGUGGGAUGUUCAUCCUAACAAGAUGGAUAGCGCGACUUAUCUCGUCCCCGGCACCCUCAUUCUGAGCUUCUUCGGUUUAUUGGCCUAUGACUCCUACCGUGACAGAUCCAUUAUCCCCUCCCUUCCCACUCGAUUCUUUGGUUUCGAUACUGGCCUGCUCUUCUACCUGCGUCGAAUCCCUCUGCUCGAAAAAUCCAGAUUGCGCUAUGGUUCGACUUUCAAGCUGAAUGUCGGACUGCGGAAUCUCUACAUUCUUUCGUCAGCAUCGAUGUUCAAGGACUUCUUUUUCAAUCACGCCCUGGAUCACCGCGAGCCACACUUCCGUGCGCUGGUUGCGCUGGGAAGCUCUGGCAAUGUUGAGCUGCUGUCAGUUCCCGUACAUGAGCAGUUCCUGCCGACAUUCGGACGCAAUCUUUCCCGCAGGGCUAUCGCAGAUGGUAUCAGCACUCCACUCCACGCGCAGCUGCGGCAGCGGUUCCAGAUGCUUUCUCAGUCUGGUCGCACGUCCCAUCGGCUGGGAGACAUCGUCGGGAAGACUCUAUACUCGACCUUGACCAGUGUGAUAUUCGGCCCCUCCUUCCCCCUGGAUACCUACGACGACUUUGUUAGGCUCGAUGACGCUAUGACUACUCUCAUGAGCCCCCUCGCGUUCACUGCCGUGGCAGCCAAGAGUGCACGGAACCGACUGCUGAAGGUCAUGGUCGGGUACAUCGAGGAGAACGGCCCCUUCGCGGACACCACGGCCGAAAUCGUCUCAAGUGCACUUAGAUCUGUCGAGAUCCUGCCGCUCCAUGAGAAGGCUGUCUGUCUGCUAAGCCUCCUGUGGAGCGUCAAUUCGAAUCUGCUGAAGUCGAUUUGGUGGAUGAUGGCUUAUCUGGCGAACGACGCUGAAGCUCGCGAGGGUCUCCUUACUGAGAUUCGGGAGAGGAUCGAAGGAAAGUCGGACGGUGACCUUCUAAGCAUGCUCGGUGCGGACAAAGAGCUGCUAUUCCGCCAGUUUCCGUAUGCGGAUGCAGCUGUCACAGAGACUCUUCGGCUGUGUACCAUGCCUGGCAGUCUUCGAGUCGUCGCCCAGGAUCUACAGUUUCCCACCGAGAACAGAGAGAUAUCCUUUCCUCUCCGGGCGGGCGACUUGCUCAUGGUCAAUCCUCGGCCUUAUCAUUUUGACAACGAUGUCUACCCCGAAGCGGCCAAGUUCAGCGCUGAUCGCUUCGUUCAGAAAAAGGGCGCGACACCAACUGCGAAGAUUAUUUCUUGGGGCUCAGGUGCUCACAUGUGCAAAGGCCGCAUCUUUGCCCAUCAUGUCAUGAAGGUCUGGGUGAUUACAUUUCUCCAGAUCUUUGACUUUUCGUCGGUGGAACAGGUUCCAAUAAUGGAUCCCGGAAGCUUGAAUGUGAUAGCAGAUUUCUCACGCGAUGUAGUCGUCGAGUUGGUUGCACGCAGCUGAUGAACGCAGAGUCGCGUUUGUAUUAUCUAUUGUGACGGUUACUCUAGAAAUCACAUCUAUUCUCAUCCAUAGCAAUUCUUUUCCCGAACCUUCAAGUUUACAACACUGACUACCUCCCCAUCUUGGUUCAACUUCAACCAACGAUCCAUCGAUCAUCAUUCCUCCAUCAAAUGAUCGGAUGCAUACCGC